UACCUAAUUUUAUAAAUAUGGAACAGAUUAAUAACGGAACUCCGCCCAACACAAAACAUUGCGCGCGCGCAGUGGCUGUUAAAUCUAUUCCGAUUCGAAAAAAGUAAAGGCAAUAUUAUGUAAUCUGUGUACUUGUGUAAAUCGAGAUAGGGAAGAGUGGCAUUUCAAGGUAAAUAUGGAUAAAUAAUAUUAAAACUUUUUAAUGCAUAAUAUACAUGUGUGGUCCGGACCAAUACUUUCCAUGUGAGCAGGUACCUUAAUGUAGUUACAACGUUCUAAAACCGUGGAGUUAUAUACCUUUGUGAGUAUGAAAUAGGAGCCUCAAGUUGCUUUUAUAUACCUGCGGUGUACAGUUACCAUUUUAUAUAUGUAAUAGUAUAAUAUUUACAUAGUUGUCUAUACCUACGUAACUGAUUAUAACAUGUUGCAUGUUAUUUAAAAAUAUUAAUAAUACUAUCAAGAAAACACAGAAUUGAGUAAUUGCGGAUAUAUUUCUGCUGGCGUUAUGAUUUGAAUCACAUUAGACGUAGACGUGAUUCACACCCUCGUUGUUCAAGUCGGAUGUAUUUGCCUAUAAACCCGAUAAAAAUAGCGGUUUCCGAGAGUCAAGCUGAUAACGUUUGAGGUUCGAGCGCACUUGAGCACGGCCACAGCGAGUCGGGGUUGGAACUAUCUAGAGUUGGUGAAAUCACAUUAUUUUUUGUUAUCUACACAUUACAGUACUUUAUAUUCCGAUAUACCCACGGGAGCGAAGCAUGUUAAACACGUGGUAUGUUUGUAUCAAGACAAAUUGCUUCCACUCGUCUUCAGGUCAGUUUAAAUUCCUCCCAUUAUCGGCCCCGCCAAUUCCUUCUCAGUCUCAAACUACCUCUACUUAAUAGGUUUUAGAUAAUUUGCCAGUUUGACAUUUUUAUAUGAGUAAUGUUCAUUUCGGAAGCGAAUGAAAACAAAAUAAAAUGUAUUAGAUAUUAUGAAUUCAAUUCACAAAAUGAAUGAAGUAAGAUUUUUUCAUUAGCUAUGUUAUGUGCUGGUAGGUAGAAUAAUUUUUCAUCUCGUUUACUAUCUGCAUCCUAAUAGUCUAAAUAGUGUAAUUUGAGAUCAUACCCUUGUCGAUGUAUAUUCGCCACGCCUCUUUUUUCUUUACAUUUUAGGUCCCGCUCUUUUAGUUGGUGUAGAGUUCGCACUGAUUUGUCAUUGACACAUAUACGUCAAUGUCUAGUGACAGGACGAUUCCCGCCACUUUGGCUGACAGGCGAACGGGACGGCAGCCGGAGGGCUAACUAAGAGUUAUGAUUAAAUUCGUGUGUAAUACCUACUUUUACUGAAUAAAGGUUUUGCAGAAUAAAGGUUUUGCAGUAAUAAUAUGUGAAAUAUUUAUUGAUAGUCCCACAGUUGGCAAAGGACAUUAUUAUAUGUACACACAAGCUCUGUAUAAUUCUCUGUGAAAUACACAGAAAGACGUGCCCAAGAGGCAGUAAGCUCGUCAUCGAACGCUAAUAAUAGGCCACGAGGAACUGCGGUGCCGCAAAAUCUGAGUCCUCUUGAGCGUAUUAUGAAAUAUUGCUAGACCAAACUAUAUUUUAGUUUAUAGCAUAUUCUCUUUCACGCAUCUCCUACGUCUAUAUUUUGUGGUCUAUGCUUUGUUGUCUGCUAAAAUCGCACGCUGUGUGUUUAUAGGUAUACACGUCGCGGAAUACGGCUACUGGAAGUAUUACAUAAUCUGUGACAUGGCUGUAGUACAGAUCUAACACUCGUAUCCUCAUACCUGAAGGUCGUGGUCACCAGUGCGGUGGCUCUCUUGAUUAUAGGGUCUUCCUGGACUUUGCUUGUUUCUCCGUAUUGAUGAACCACACGUUAACUGAAUAAUUGGCAUUAUAUGUGUAGCUACAUACUUACGGUCAAGCAAAAAAUAAAUAAUCAGGUAACAAUAAGGUCAUUUAUGUAAUGCGCAUGUCAUAAGUUUAAAAACUGGUCAACUGUAUUUUUCCUGUCCGUCAUUGCAUUUCGCGCCGUUCGGCGGCCGCUGUCAAAGUUGGCGCGCUUUUCCGGUCAGCGCGGCGGGAAAACGGAUUUUAAAUUCAAAACGUAGUUAGUUCCAAAUUCAAAACAAAAAAAAACUACUCACAUAACUUUGUCUUUUAAAAAUCAUAAUUCGAUUUCUAAAUAAAAACCUAAUUAUAGACAGUUAUCGAAUAAAUAAAGUUAUUAAAUGCUAGGUUGCAAUGCAAAAUAAAAUAAAGAUUUUACUGCAAUAUAUUUAAUUUUAGUUCUAGUUUUAAUAAAUAUGGCUCACUCUGGUGUAUAAAUUUCGAGUUAUAAAAGGGAAGUGUGUGUAUUUUUUUUUUAUAACAAAAUGGCGGCCGGGAGACUUCUUUGGAUUACUACAGCUCUUCUUCGUCUAUGGCUCGGAGCGACCGAUCUUUGCUAUGCUCAGUCGACCCUUCUCACCUUCCAAGACCUACUUCCCGACGACCCUCGGAUGUACGACAAGAUGCGACCCCCAAAGGUCAACGACCAGCCCACCACCGUCAACUUCCACGUCACCGUCAUGGGCCUCGACUCUAUAGACGAAAACUCUAUGACGUAUGCUGCGGACAUCUUCUUCGCACAGACGUGGAAGGAUUUCAGAUUGAGACUGCCUGAGAAUAUGACCUCCGAGUAUAGGCUGCUUGAAGUGGACUGGCUGAAGCACAUGUGGCGUCCAGAUUCGUUCUUCAAGAACGCGAAGUCGGUGACGUUCCAGACGAUGACCAUACCAAACCAUUACGUGUGGCUGUACAAGGACAAGACGAUAUUAUACAUGGUGAAGUUGACACUAAAGCUGUCGUGCGCCAUGAAUUUUCUCAUCUACCCUCACGACACGCAGGAGUGCAAGCUUCAGAUGGAAAGUUUGUCACACACGACAGACGACUUGGUGUUCCAGUGGGACCCUGAGGUGCCCCUGGUGGUGGACGAGAACAUCGAGCUGCCUCAGCUCGAACUGGUGCAGAAUAGGACAGCUGACUGUACACAGGUUUACUCUACUGGUAACUUCACUUGCCUGGAAGUGAUAUUCAAGCUGAAGCGGCGACUGGGCUACCAUCUUUUCAACACUUACAUUCCUACAUGUCUCAUCGUCAUUAUGUCCUGGGUGUCAUUCUGGAUUAAGCCGGACGCGGCGCCGGCGCGCGUGACGCUGGGCGUGACGUCGCUGCUCACGCUGUCCACGCAGCACGCCAAGUCGCAGGCGCAGCUCCCGCCCGUGUCCUACCUCAAGGCCGUGGACGCGUUCAUGUCCGUGUGUACUGUAUUCGUGUUCAUGGCUCUAAUGGAGUAUUGCCUGGUGAACAUUGUACUGGGGGACGGUGCUGGGAAACCCAAAGAAGCAGCUGAAGCGGCCAAAGCCAGGAUGCGCGCCAUCAACAUCGACCGCUUCUCCCGCGUGUUCUUCCCUCUCCUUUUCUCUGUCCUCAACGCGACCUACUGGCUGCAAUUCGCUCAAUACAUCUGACUGCAACGUCUAGUGGUAUUUCCCUCCUUUCCUAUAUAUUUCCCAUUGUAUUAAUAUGCUCCAAUCGCAACCCUGUUUUUUCAAGCUGUUAAUUUAAAUAGACAUAAAUGUAUUCAUAGCAUAUAUUACAGAAUAUUAACAAAAUUUUAAUAUUACAUACAUUAAAUAUGCUACAAAAGGGUACCACUCAGUUUGUGCCGUGACGAAGAGCCAUAACGCUGAUCUUCAGUGAGACCAAACAAGAUGGCGCUACCAGAAAAGAGUUUGCGAGAUAAAUCCGCGAAACAUAUACAUACAAUUAUAUUAUUUAAACAACAAUGUCAAGAUGGAUUGUUGUUAGAUCGUCAUCAUAAUUUUCAGCCUACAUGAGCCCAUUGCCUUUUGCUUUAUUUCGCGAUGUUCACGAAGUUGGUGGUGUAAUGGAUACGCGCGCCUGUGGAUCGAAAGGGCCCAGGUUCGAAUCCUACUCGUGCCACAUGAGUUUGUAUACCAAUCUGUCUCAUGUCUAGUUUUCAUCGACCAUAAUUUUCAUCGACACGGACUUCUGGUAAAGGGAAACAUCGUGAGGAAACCUGCAAACUGGUUGAUUAUUAACUUGUGUGUGUAAUGGAGUAGGCAAUAUCAAGCCACUCUAUCAAUAGUGCCAAGAAUGAUGUUGUGUGUGUUUCAUUUCAUGUAAUGACAACGACCCUCAGCCAUGGGGAAUAGGACUAUGUAGAAGACUAUGAUCAUGUGCCAGUAUUGUUAACCAUAAAAAACAAAUCAAUAACUUUUUCUGAAAAAAAAAAAAAAUUCUUAACUGUCCUCUCUUUUAGUUACUGUAAUUCGCUAAAUACAUCUCCCCUUUCUUCUUUCUCUUUCCAAUCUACCUAUAACUCCUGCAUCUUCUACUGUCUCCUAUUCUCAAUUCUUGAAUUGUGUUUUGUUUCUAUUGUCUACUUGCGUAUUGUUCAGAAAAAAGUUUAUGGUGUGUGAACCGGCCGUAUUGAUUGUAGUAACUAGGUAGAUAAUUUUAUUAGCUACUUUACUUUUAUCCGCGACUUCUUCCCUGCAUCUUCUACUGUCUCCUAUUCUCAAUUCUCAACGCCACACCUACCAGCUGCAGUGCAGUUUACUCAGUGAUACGACUACAAUGUCUAGACUAUCGCUGAACUCAGACAAAUACCGACGUGAAUGCAUGAACAUUACGUAGUUUAUAUGUGAGCUUUUCUUUUACCGCAAGUAAAUACCAGCAACGUACGUCGAAACGGCCAGAGAUCGGCGAACUGCUCAGCGAUAGUGUAUUUAUUAUUAAGUAAGUUAAUGUAAGUAGUUAUAGUUCAAUGUGUAAUUAUCCUUUUCGGUUCCUUUAAAGGCUUUAUUUCAAAGUAGCUUAUAAAUUUAGAAAAUAAAUUACGUAAAAAAAAAUUAAAAUAAAUACUUAUAACAUACAGUCGAAUCGCAUAUCAAAUUGUAAAAAAUCUCUAUGCUGAUGCCAUGAAUUUGCAAUGGAUUUGUAUAGUGAUGAUGUGUUGUCGACAGUACCUUAUAUUUGUUGCAUUUCCGAUCUUAUUUUUACGGUAGAAGAACUGCGUUGCGAGACUUGUUUUUUUUUUUACAAUUACUGUUCAUUAUGGGAUAAAAUUUACAAGAAUAAAAAUAAAAAGCAAAUUUUGCUAAAUUUUAUUGUAAAUUUGGGUUAUCUUUUUUAUAGAUUUACUCUUUGGACAGUGCUGUCACGCGCGGGACAUCCAGCAAAUUCUUGUGUAAAAAAUACGCUGCUUUGUACAAAUCUACUUUUUCGUUUUUUUUUUCUUUAUAUAUGCAUGUGAGUGAUUAUGGCAACAAAUAAAGGAAUUUAUCUAUCUAUCUAAAUUGCGAGGUAUCUAUCUGUCUCAAUUGUGAGAGUAAAAUUUAUAAUCACUGUGCCUAUUGCCAGACUUUAGUGAACUUCUAGUCAUAUAUACAAUACAUACAAAGCUACUUAUUAUCAUUUUACCUAGAACUUCGUCAAAAUAAAGUAAAUACGUACUUAUGCUGAUUAAAAUUGUUUUAUGUUUAAGAGAAUAUAUAAACAUGUUUCAAAAUGUUGUUUAAUUCAACUUCCAGUCGUAUUCCUCAUGGUUGGGAGUCGGGAUAAUCAAGUGGAAUUAAACACACAAGGACUUUCUUGGCAAUAUACUUAAUUGGGGUGGUUUGUCAUUGCCUUCUCCAUUUCACACAAUAGAUGCGACAUCAAGUAGAGCCUAGGUUUCCUUACGAUGUUUUCCUUCACCGGAAGCAAAUGGUGAUUACAAACUCAAUGUGGCUUGAGUAGGAUUUGAACCUAGGACCUUUCGAUUCAGGGGCGGACGGUCUUAACCAGUGAACCACCACCGCUCCCGGUAUUUUGUAACACUGUAUAAUUUUUAAACAUAACAUUGAAGUUUUUUUUACAAAAAUGACAUUUUUGACGUAAGUUUUUAAUAUUGUCAGAGAGAUUUAAUUGCAUUCAAGGAGUGACAAGAAAAAUCAUGUACGUGCAGUAAACCGUUCAGGAGUUCCCACGUUCUGGAGCCUCAUCAAUAAUGCAUUGUUGUCCAAAAUAAAACGCUCCAAAAUCGAGUUGCAAAAUUACACCCGAGAUGUAGUGACAAAAUUAUAUUGGGGGUCCCAUAUGUUUUCACAUAAUAUAUUUUGUCUUAACUAUUCUAUUCUUUGACAUAUCGGUUUUGGCACAUUGAUUUUCGGCAUAUGUACGGGUAAAGUUAACGUAAUUGUUAAUUAUUGUAUAUUUAACUUUUAGGUUAGGUUGGUUAUUCAAAUAAAUUAUGACUAAACCGUUAUGCGUAAAAACGUUAUGUUUAAAAAUCAUUAUGCCAUAAUACAGUAUGCUAUAAUUCUAGAUAGAUACCCGUUAUAUUAUACAUAUAAAGACCCGCGUUACAUAUAAUUAAAGGCAUGUUAUAUUAGAUAGAUAUAUUAUCUUCGCGUCUUGCGCACAGACCAUAAGUAGUAUAAUAAAAUCUGAUAUUUUUAGAAUAGACAGUCAUGAAAGCAAUUGAUCGCUGGUGGUGCGUGAAGGGUUAACCUUCACAUUGGUCAAGUUCAAGGCCACGAACCUUGAAUUGUGUUUUGUUUCUAUUGUCUACUUGCGAAUUGUUCAGAAAAAAGUUUAUGGUGUGUGAACCGGCCGUAUUGAUUGUAGUAGCUAGGUAGAUAAUUUUAAUAGCUACUUUACUUUUUUCCGCGACUUCUUCCCCGUGUA